ACACAAUCAGUCUUUGUAUCUAUUCCUGAAACAAAAGCCAUUGUUGAUCACACAGUGAGGCUUUCACACACACACACACACACCCCUAAGCUCCGCCCUCAUCUGGAGGGAGGGAUAGAGUGAUGAGAUGGAGGUGUAGAGUCAGUGAUGAGACAGCAGGACAGACCUCACUUCUGAUCAAUGAUUUUUUUGAGUCUAGAACAUCUCGCGUCACGGUGCGACGUCUCUGGAACUUCAGGACCAAGUGAACACAUCUACAACACCUUACAGUGGGUCUGGAGCAGAGCCAAGGCGAGAGUCUAGAACAUUCUGGUGAUGUCUCAGGAGCAUCAACAUCGAGCCUAGAACAUUCUUCUGUGGUUCUGGAGCAUUAGGAACAAGUCUAACGUUCUUCUGAAGGGACUGGAGCUGCAUCUAAAGAGAGCCAGGUCUAGAACGUCCUCUGGGCUGUUCGGAGCACCGUUGCUGAAGAUAAAUCAUUGUUCUGUCUUGGUCUUGUGUGUGUUCUGGAGCUCUGGAGUGUCUGAGCUAAGUUUAGAAGGUUCCGCAGUGCGGCUGGAGAAGAAAAGCAGAAUCUAGAAGGUUCUCUGGUUUAGCUGAAGGGUAGAAGGUUCUCUCUGCUCGUUGGUGAAGAUGUUCCCGAUGAAGCAGCCCUGGCUGUGUAAAGUUUUAGGUUGCUAUGACAGCUGUGUGCGUUGCCUUGGCGCCGUGCCGUACAUCACUCUGAGCGCCACGCUGCUGUGUUACGCCGGAGUCGCGCUCUUCUGUGCCGGAGCACACGAGGCCCUCACACACACACACACACUCGUUCACACACACUUCGCCCGUGCACAGCAAGACUUCGAGGUGCUCGCUGACUUUAUUAAAUAUUUUCAGUAUGUGGUUUACGGCCUAGCGUCGUUCUUCUUCCUGUACGGGAUUUUGUUGCUCGCUGAGGGAUUUUACACCACGAGCGCCGUCAAGCAAACCUUCGGAGAAUUCCGGAGUACCAAGUUCAGCCGCUGCCUCAGCCUCACCUUCCUGAUCGUGACGUGUGUGUUGGCGGUGAUUUGGCUCGUGGUGUUCGCCUUCUCUGUCAUUCCCGUCUACUUCCUGUUCAACAUGGCCGAGACCUGCCACACCGUGCACAUCCUGUCUGAGACCACCACCAGCUUAAACCAACACGCCUGGGUGUGCGUGGACGCGCGGCAGUACGGUCUGCUCCCUUGGAAGGCUACACCAGGUAAAGUGUGUGGCAUGACCAUGGCCAACAUCUGCAAAGAACCUGAGUUCUACAUGACCUAUGACCUUUAUAUCACCGCUCUCACUGGAGCAGGAGCCACGCUGCUCGGCCUGAUCCUCUAUAUCAUAGCUGCCACCUAUAACUACGCUGUUCUGAGGUUUCUCGGUAGUAAGGGGAUCCGUUGCUAGGCGCAGCAUCGGUAGGUGUGCUGUUGCUAGGCACAGCAUUGCCAGGCAACACGUCUCCUCUCUGAUGCGUGCUGCUGCACUUGCUGUUGCGUUGUCACGGCGACCGUGUCCAUGGGGAAUUCACUAAAGAGGACCAUGAAGUGAAAAAUAAACAAAUACACAAGUAAAGUGUGUAAAUGACAGUGAGAUUAACCCGACUCACAUGGAGUGAAGUAUAAACAUUAAACUGUUAACCAAUCAGAACAGGGCAGGGGGGCGGAGCCUCUCUCCCUCAUCAUUUCUUCAUCACAUCUCUCUGCUUCUGUUUAUCAUGCCAUCCUUUCACCCAUCUACCCAUCUGUCUCUCUGUCCCUCUAUUUCUGUCUGCCUCUCGCUCCAUCUCCCUCCAUUGGAUUCUCUCUCUCUCUCUCUCUCUCUCUCUCUCUCUCUCUCUCCUUCCAUCUUUCUAUCCCUCUAUCCAUCUGUUUAUAUCUCCAUCUUUUCAUGUUCUCAUAACCUCUUCAUUUUUCAACAUAUUUAUUUCUUAUUUCUCUCUCUCUCUCUCUCUCUCUCUCUCACACACACACACACACACACACACACACACACACACACACACACACACAGGCCAGUCCCCUUUAACAUGCAUUUAUCAUUUAUUAGUGUUGAUUGUAAAUAAUUAAUUUUAAAGAAUGUGCAAAUUUCUAACACACAGUUCUAACUGACUGUGUGUGUAUGUGUGUGUGUCUGUGUGUGUGUGUCUGUGUGUGUGUCUGUGUGUGUGUGUGUGUGUGCGUGUGUGUGUUCUCCAAUGGUGCUAUGUCAUUGUGUUAAUAAUGAAUAAAUAUGUAACAGUAAUACACAGUGUACAUGUUUAAUUACACCGUGUGGGUUUCUGUUAAUCAGCUACACAACUGUGUGUGUGUUACGCUGUAAACUGUCUCACAUUCCGCAAUAAACACACGUUUAAUCCAA